AUGUCAGGGAUUCAUGAAGGACGUGUGGGUUUACAUCAUUCCAGUCGAAGGAAUAGCAUUGCUGAAAUAUUUUCAGUGAUCUGUGAAAAACCUCUGUCCCACGUGCAGCUUGCCUGCAACAGCUCCCACUUUGCUCUGCCUUGCCAGGGCAAGAAUCUACUUAUAUACAAUAUCACAGACUUGUACAAUAAGCCACCCCUCCAGCUUGUGGGUCAUCAUGGUGACGUUUCCGCUAUAGUAUAUGGGACAGGUAUAGCUCCUCUCCUCCUCUGCUCUGCCUCUGAAGAUUAUGUUAUUGUCUGGGACAUUGACUCCUGCUACAGGAAAGCAAGAGAGGGUGCAGUGCCCUCUGGUACAGUUGUGGGGACCCGACUAGGUAAGGUGGUGCACUUGUCAAUGUGUCCCACAGACAGGAGGGUGGCAGUGAGCUCUGGCUCCAAAAUCUAUGUCCUAAAAACUGAGAAAGAGGAAGUGCUGGCCAUGCUGACUGGACAUUUGGGGCCAUUAACUGCCUCAGAGUUCUGCCCAUGGGACCCUGGCAUGCUUGUUUCCAUCUCUGAAGACAGGACUUUUAAGAUUUGGAAUGUGGCAAAGGCAGAGGUGUUAUUUCAGUCAGCGGUGCUGUCAGGAAGCCCUUUGCUUAGUAUUGUUCUCUUGGAUCAGAGCCGACAGCUAGUAACAGGAUCUGCAGAUGGACAGGUUUGGAGUUACACUCUCCCUGAUGAUCAAAAGUGUCACCUUGUGGCCAAGCUGGACCUUCACAAGGUCCAACAGAAAUAUGACAAAAACCUGAAUGGUAGAGAUCCACCAACAGGAGGAGCAACAGACAGUUAUGUCUGGAUAGGCAGCUCUGAUGGGCUCUAUCUGAUUGACCUUGCUACAUCAGAACUUGAAAUGGCCCUCCCUUUAAGAGACAGUCCUCAUCUGAGUUUCUCCGUGUCUGGGUCAUGGGCUCCAUCCCAGGGGCAAAAUAACAAGAUGCACUGUUUGGUCACCUCUUUGUUCGAGCCCAGAGUCGCCCUGUUGGAUGUUGAUGUUAUAACAUUAGGCAAUCUCUGUUCCUACUGGGAGACUGCUUUAUCUGGGCUGGAGAGUCUGUCUGUCGUGCCCAGCUCCCCUCUGAUGCCCAUAUCCCCUCUGAAUGCUGAACUUCCUAAAAGGGACACGAAAGCUCUGAAAAAAACAGGCCAGAGCAGCCAGGGUGGUGUGAAGGAUCAGGCUCUUGUUUUCCAUACGCAGGUCAAGUCCUCUGGAUACACUGUUCCUCCACGGAGUACAAUGUUCACGCCUAAAACCAACACAAAGAAGAAAAGCAGUACACCUUCAAAGACGAGCAAAAACACUGGAAGCCUCAUAAUUGAAUACCCAUCCGAUUCUGCAGCUCCCAGUGUACCACACAUUCAGCAGUCUGUAUCCACCCUCCCCACACCCAUUCACAGUCUCCAAUACUCAGGAGAUGGAAAGCAGAUUCUGUGUGGUCUUGGAGACAGAUCUGUAUUGCUCUACAAGUCCUCCCUUGCGGGCCACCCAGCUGUCUACACCGGACACAAUAAAGCAGUGAGCACAGUGUGCUGGAGUCACUGCAGGCGAUGGUUUCUGAGUGUGGCUGAUGACCAAACCCUUUUCAUCUGGCCCACAGUGGGCUCUGAGCCUGCCUUAACCAUGGGGACUGAGAAAUGCUCUAAGUCAGUGCGGUUGGCUCAAUUCUAUUACCUGGACAAGUUUUUGCUGCUGGCCUCUGGGUCCUCUCUACACCUGUACCUCCAUCACAUGGACACAAGUAGGGAUGACAUUAAGAGAUAUGAACAGAAGAGCAUGUCCAAACUCACACAGAGUCUUUCCAUGAGGUCAGGAACAGACAUCACUGCCCUGUCAGCUAUCAAUGACUUCUUCUCCUAUAUCGUUCUGGCCUGUGGAGCUGAUCGGUCCAUCCAGGUGUUUGACAUGAACAGAGGUUGCAUUGCUGCAGAGAUCUCAGAUGCUCACACUAGAGCUGUCCAUCACAUCACACAGAACAAGGGUUCCAUGUUCAGCACACAGACCCCCGACUCCUACAACCUGUUUCUGAGCAGUGCAGUUUCAGAUGGUGUUAAACUGUGGGACUUGCGUACUGCAAGGUGCGUGCGUCGAUUCGGGAGCAGUCUUAAUCGAUGUCAUCGAUGCUCUGCGGCCAUGUCACCCUGUGGACAAUACAUUGCAACUGGCUCUGAAGAUUACUGUGCGUAUGUAUAUGACAUUCGAAGCAGCACCUUCGUUCACAAGCUCAAGAGGCAAUCUGACACAGUCUUGAAUGUGGCCUUCAACCCUGCCACUCCUGAGCUGCUCCCAGAGCUUUGA